AUGCAGAUGAUUAACACAGGAUUCCACUUGGCAAUAUGUUUAUUAGUGUGUAUUCACACGAGCAGGGCUGAAAAACAAUGCGGAGGCUCUGUAUGGAAGGAGACAGACACAGAAAAUUUGGCGCUUGGAAAACCUGCCUCACAAUCUUCAAUAUAUCCACUACAACAUGUUCCUGCUGGGCUCGCAGUUGAUGGUGUUGAAGAUGGUGACUGGCAUCAUGGUUCAUGUGCAUCCACAAAACAUGAGCACAAACCAUGGUGGAUGGUUGAUCUGCGGGAAGUUUAUCCUAUUGGGUCCGUCAAAUUAUCAAACAGACAGUGUGGAGAAGGCAAUUGCAGAGGUGGACCGUCCGACAUUGUUGAAGAUCGUCUUUCAAACUUCAAAAUUGAAGUAAGCAAAGAUGCAAAAAAGUGGGAGCUGUGUACCUUUUACAGAAAUACAGCACUAGAACCCUGCAAGAAGGGUUGUCAGAUGUUUUACUGCCCAGGUGGAAUGAAAGGACGUUACGUUAGGGUUCGGCUGCAAGACACAAAUUGGCUCACUCUCUGUGAAGUUGCUGUGUUCAGGCCAUCAAAAUUGAACAACCUUGCACUUGGUAAAGUUGCCACUCAAUCGUCACUUCAUGGCGGUUUUCCCCCAGCUGCCGCAGCAGUGGAUGGCAAUAUAGAUGGUGAUGCAGGACAUUUUUCUUGCAUUAGCAGUGAUUUUGGUGAUACCAAACCAUGGUGGAAGGUUGAUUUGCUCUCUCAAUACGAUAUUGGAUCUGUAGCUCUGUUUAAUAGACAAUGUCGAGGGAGUGACAAUUGUGGAAUUAAUGUAGCGGAUGUAGAAGCACAGCUUAAAGACUUCAAAAUUGAAGUGAGCAAAGACAAUGUCAAGUGGGAACUUUGUGCCCAUCACACUAGUUCUUUGAAUUCAUGUGGGAAAAAUUGGCAGAUUUUCCGAUGUCCAAAUGGUUUAUCUGGUCGCUAUGUAAAGGUCCAGAUACAGCACACUUUGGUUGAUGCUUAUUUGACCCUCUGUGAAGUCGCCGUUUUUGAACCAAAUAAAAGAACACCAUGUGGAUUUGAGAGGCAAGCUGAGAUUUACGGGCCUAUAUAUAAAGAAAAACUGGGCUCUUAUGAACAUGUGAAUAUAUUCGACCCUGAUGAUGCAGAGUACUUGUUGAGGCGAGAUGGACAGUAUCCACAGCGGGUGCAGUUUCCUGCUUGGGAUUUAUAUCGUAGAGAUCGUAACCUGUCAAUGGGAUUACUAAUGAGUCAUGCAGAAGAGUGGCAUAAGAACCGUAUACCAUUCAACAGAUUCCUAAUGCGCCCAAAGCCUGUCGCUGGCUACACUGAGGUGAUGGAUGAGGUGGCUACGGAUAUGGUAGAAAGACUUGAUAGGAUACGUAAGCACAAUGGUCUAGUGGAGGAACUUUAUGAGGAGCUAUAUAACUGGUCCAUCGAAUCUGGAGGCACGAUGUUCUUUGAACGACGACUCGGAUGUUUAAACGACAACAGAAACCCAGAAAUAACAGAAUUUAUCAAAAGUAUUCGUAAUAUCUUAACGGGUAGCGACGUGUUUUUCUUCCUUUCUCCUCAACUUGCGAAAACUCUGAGACUACCUGCGUGGAAACAAUUGGAGCAAACCUUGGACACCAUGUUCCGUAUUUCUACAAAGUUCAUCAAGGAGAAGAUAGAUGAAGUUCAGCAACAUAGCAAAGAUGGCAAGAAACACGAGGGCCUCCUUGCUGAUAUAUUACAAAAGGGAAACUUAGAUGAAGCCGGGCUUAUUGGCUCAAUGGUUGACCUAAUGGGCGGCGCAGUAGACACAACUUCAACUAGUGCUCAAUGGAUUUUGUACAUGUUGGCUCGAAACCCUCAUGUCCAGGAGAAACUUUACAGAGAAGUGAAAAAUUUGAACCCUGGCAAUGACGUCUCUAAUUACAUGCAACAUAUUCCGUAUAUGAGAGCUGUAGUGAAAGAGACAUUGAGGUUGUAUCCUGUGGCUGCAUUGGUUAGUAGAUUUACCCCGGACGACAUCACAAUUAGAGGCUACAAUAUACCAAAAGGAAAACUUGUCAAUGUUUGCUUGUAUUCUAUGGGGCGUAACGAGGCUAUCUUUGGGGAUGCAUUGGAGUUCAAACCCGAGCGUUGGUUGCGAGCUGGCAGUAACAAAGCUCCAUAUAGCCCAUUUGCUUCAAUUCCGUUUGGGUAUGGAGUGCGCAUGUGUGUAGGACGGCGAGUAGCUGAACUCGAGAUGUACCUCAUUAUAACAAGGGUUCUGCAAAGAUUCCGAAUAAAGCCUUUUACUGAUAUCCCAAUCGAUGAUAAAAUGGCUAUCGUUCUGUCACCCGAAAAACCAAUACAACUGAGAUUCCUAGAUAGGACGGAAGAGGGUGAAAUAAACAUUAUUCCACGGUCACUGGGUGAUUCGUCUGACCGGAGCUAAGACUAGAUUAAACUAUAUACUGACGACCUUAUCACAGUGACAGAUCCAGAAAUUAACAGUAGGGGCGCAACUUUUGAGUCUGGAAAAAAUUCUAAAAAAAUUUAGGGCCCUAAAACCAAAAAUUUUGAAAAGUUAAGGUCCAUUCUUUGAGAAGACUAACUUAUGCCCAAAAAGGUCCAUUUCUGAGGCCCUACAUUGGCGGGGCCCAUGCCGGAUCCGCCACUGUUAUCAGUUGUGUAUUUUUUGAAGUACAUCAAGGAUAACCUAUUGGAAUAGAGUGCUGAAUUAAAGAGCUAAUGACAAAAAAAUUUAUGAAGUUUUUACUGGAG